AUGUUCGACCUUAUCAACUGGUUGAUGCUGAUGUGCUGCUGGUGCUGUGACCGCAAGGACAGAGACGAAGAAGAAUAUGACAUCUCGGAACGCAAGCGCGAACGGGGGAGCCGGGCCAAUUCCAGAGAGCAAGACGGAGACGCCACCGCCGGCGAGCAGGGACAGGUGGUGAAGAAAAAGCCGCUGCUCGCGCACGCACCGCAACUGGAGGCGUAA